AUGAGGAAGCCACUCCUCCUCCUCCCGCUCUUCCUCCUCCUGAUCCCCCUCUCAUCCGCCGAGAUCAAAAACCCCCAAAUCUUCGCCGAUUCGCGGCCCAUGAUCCUCUUUGAGCGGUUCGGGUUCACCCACACCGGCCAUGCUACCAUCACCGUCUCCUCAGUGUCCGUGAUGUCCGCCGUCGGCUCUCCAGACGCCUCCAAAUUAGGUUUCUUCCUUCUCUCCGAAGAAUCCCUAAUCCAGGUCCUCCUCGAGCUCCAAUCGAACCCUUCCUUCUGCGUCCUCGAUUCCAAGUACAUCAACCAGCUCUUCACGUUCCGCGAUCUGUCUCCACCGCCUCACUCCUCGUUCAACUACUCGUACCCGAUCACCGCCCCGAACGAGUAUUCUCUGUUCUUCGCCAAUUGCGCACCUGAGUCCAAUGUGACGAUGAACGUUCGGACGGAGCUUUACAAUCUCGACGGUCGGGGAAGGGUGAAGGACUAUCUAUCUGCUGGGCUGACCCAGCUGCCGUCCCUGUAUUUCUGCUUCUCUGUUCUGUAUUUCGCGUUCUUGGCCUAUUGGAUCUUUAUCUGUUUGCAAAACAAGAAGUCGGUGCACAGGAUACAUUUGCUCAUGGGGUUACUUGUUAUCAUGAAGGCGCUGAAUUUGCUCUGUGCUGCAGAGGAUAAACAUUAUGUGAAGGUCACAGGGACGGCUCACGGAUGGGAUGUGUUGUUCUACAUUUUCCAAUUCUUCCGAGUCGUGCUGUUGUUCACUGUAAUCGUGCUGAUUGGUGCCGGUUGGUCGUUUUUGAAGCCAUUUUUGCAGGAGAAGGAGAAAAAAGUGUUGAUGAUCGUGAUCCCUUUGCAAGUUUGGACGAAUAUGGCAUCCAUGGUGAUUAAUGAGACGGGUCCCUUUAUUAAGGAGUGGGUAACUUGGAAUCAGCUUUUCCUGUUGGUGGAUAUUAUAUGCUGCUGUGCGGUUAUCUUCCCGAUUGUGUGGUCCAUUCGGUCUUUGAGGGAGACAUCAAAGACUGAUGGGAAGGCUGCUAGGAAUCUUGCAAAGCUUACACUUUUUAGGCAGUUUUACAUUGUUGUUAUUGGGUACUUGUACUUCACUAGGAUUGUGGUGUUUGCACUGAGGACCAUUUCUGCUUACAAGUACCAGUGGGUGGCUAAUGCAGCUGAGGAGAUUGCUAGCCUUGCUUUCUAUGCUAUAAUCUUUUACAUGUUUAGGCCAGUUGAGAGAAACGAGUACUUUGCACUUGACAAUGAGGAGGAAGAGGCUGCAGAGUUGGCUCUUAAGGAUGAAGAGUUUGAGCUUUGA